UCAAGAAUCUUACUCUCACAAUGCCUCCUAAAGUAAGUGGAAAAGCUGUCAAAAAAUCUGGCAAAGCCCAGAAAAAUAUCUCUAAAAGUGAUAAGACCAAGAAGAAGCGCAAAAGGAAGGAAAGCUAUGCUAUCUACAUUUACAAAGUGCUCAAGCAAGUACAUCCCGAUACUGGUAUAUCAAGUAAAGCCAUGAGCAUCAUGAAUAGCUUUGUCAAUGAUAUUUUUGAACGGAUUGCCGCAGAAUCAUCUCGCCUAGCUCAUUACAACAAAAGAUCAACUAUCACUUCUCGAGAGAUUCAGACUGCAGUACGAUUGUUGCUUCCUGGAGAGUUGGCUAAACACGCAGUCAGUGAAGGUACUAAGGCAGUUACCAAAUAUACUAGCUCCAAGUAAAUUUUUAUCUUCAGAUAUUCUAAAACGGUCCUUUUCAGGACCAC